AUGAUGAGUUCAGCAAGCAGAACUUGGGCUGUAGCAACCAGUGUUGGAGUUGUGGAGGCCUUGAAGGACCAGGGUCUGUGCAGAUGGAACAAUGCCUUAAGAUCAGCUCAACAUCAAGUCAAAAACCAUGUGAGAUCAUUGUCUCAGGCAAAGAAUCUUUCUUCCUCUUCCUCUGCUAUGGUUUCUAGUAGACUGAAGGAAGAGGGGGCAAAGCAGUCAGAAGAAUCCAUGAGGACAGUUAUGUACUUAAGUUGUGGGGGCAGAGAUUUCAUGGGUCAUGUCCAAAAUUUCUAUUCUAUUGCCACAGAUUUUGAUGUAAAUUUUGAUGAAUGA